AGCCGUUGGAUCUUUCACUUCCCACCUCGGAAUCUCUCUAAAGCUCUAACAGCCACAACCAGAGAAACAAUGGCUGUGGCUUGGGCUCUUCUUGCUCCGCCUCUCAAUUCUCCGUCCUACUCCCCACUUUCGAUCCGACCCACCUCCACAAGUUCCAAAUCCAAAUUAAUUUUCACGAAUCGCACAAAGGGCAGUAAACGUAGACGAGCAACCGUACUCAUAACCAACGCCUCGGCGAACAAAAACGACAAUGAUAAAGACAAAGACUCUGAUUCACCGGCCUUCAACCCUUUUGGAUUCGUUACUGAUAAUCCCUCGAGCCGGAGUGCCAUUCAGAUCGAGGAGAGCCCUGCAGAGGCUGGCAAUGUCGGCCAAAUGCUCUAUAGGACAGAAGAUAAAGGGAAGGAAUAUGGUUCCACAAUCAAAUCUGGGAAGUUGAGAUGGUUUGUCAGAGAAACUGGGUCGGUUGACAGCCGAAGAGGAACGAUUGUCUUCCUUCAUGGGGCUCCAACACAGUCCUUUAGCUACAGAAAUGUCAUGUCUCAGUUGUCAGAUCUAGGAUUUCACUGCUUUGCACCUGAUUGGAUAGGAUUUGGUUUCAGUGACAAGCCACAGCCGGGUUAUGGAUUUGAUUACACAGAGAAAGAGUUCCAUGAUGGACUUGACAAUUUGCUUGAUGUACUCGGUGUCAAAUCUCCUUUCUAUCUAGUUGUUCAGGGAUUUCUUGUUGGUUCAUACGGAUUGACAUGGGCCUUGAAAAACCAAAGCAGAAUAUCAAAGCUGGCGAUUUUGAAUAGUCCAUUGACUGCUUCAUCUCCUGUUCCAGGAUUGUUCCAGCAACUAAGAAUUCCCUUCUUUGGUGAGUUUACUUGUCAGAAUGCUAUUAUGGCCGAGCGCUUUAUUGAAGCAGGUAGCGCAUAUGUCUUAAAGCUGGAAAAGGCUGAUGUCUAUCGAUUACCAUACUUGUCAAGUGGUGGACCUGGUUUUGCUUUGCUUGAAGCUGCAAGGAAAGCUAAUUUCAAAAACAUCUUAACCCAAAUAGCAGACGGUUUUGCAUCUGGAAGUUGGGAUGCACCAAUACUAGUUGCAUGGGGGAUAUCAGACAAGUAUCUACCUCAAUCUAUUGCAGAAGAAUUUCAGAAAAGAAAUCCUUCUGUCAGGCUUAAGUUGAUAGAAGGUGCAGGACACAUGCCUCAAGAGGACUGGCCCGAGAAAGUUGUUGAUGCUCUAAGAUCAUUUUUCUGAAGUCAACACAGGAAGGGUUCUUGUGCUUGCAUAUAUUGUAAUGGGUUUGCUUCGUCUGGAAAGACAUGGGGCAACAGUUGGAUCACUCUGCUAACUCGGGAUAAUAACAAUUAUUAUGCUUUGUCUUCUUGUAAUUAGUCAGUAUGUGUAUAUAAUAACAUUUACUUUGGUAAACAUGACAAUGUUUUCUUUCAUGUCCAUUCAGAAAAUGCAGUGAAAAACAAAAGUUUACCGUA